AUGUUCUUUCUUUCGUGUGAAGGGCACAACGGAGCUGGGAAGUCGACUUUAAGCAACCUGAUCUCGUGUGAAUUUCGUCCAACUAGCGGAGACGUAAAGGUCUUUGGUCAUUCCGUGACGAAUGAAACAUGUGCUGUACGCAACCUCGUCGGAAUAUGCCGUCAAGACGAUUACCUCUACCCAAAUCUUACAGCCAAGGAACAUCUUGAACUUUACGCUGGACUACGGGGCGUGCCUCUGAAGAACAUUCCCUCGGUUGUGCAGGAAUGGCUUGAAAGUGUCGAUCUACAAUCAGUUCAAGAUCACUAUAGCGCAAGCUAUUCCGGUGGCAUGAAACGCCGAUUGUCUCUUGCGCUGGCAACGAUUGGUGGCCGUCCUCUAAUUAUAUUGGAUGAGCCAACCACUGGAAUGGAUCCUGUCAGUCGCCGCUUCGUCUGGCGCCACAUUGAUUCUGUUAAAGAAGGUCGAGUCAUCCUGUUGACUACACACGCUAUGGAAGAAGCCGACCUGUUGGCAGACACAGUUGCUAUUAUGCGAAAGGGAAAAUUUGCUGCGGUCGGCACCCCACUAGAACUCAAGGCAGAGCAUGGAUCGGCUCUCCAGUUUUCUGUCCUUGUCGAGCCGGAGCUCGUCAGCACAACAGAGUCUUCGAUUCGUGAUCGCUUUGCUCAGUACAAAGAAUUUUUCACGCUUACGGCAGGUAGCGCAGGAAACCUGUCUGCAAACAUUCGACGGGUCAGCAAGACCGAUGGAGAAGAAGGCGUGGAUGUUGAUACGCUAACCGAGUUUGUGGCGUGUUUCGCCUGUACUGAUGAACUUGAUCUUCAUGUUCCAAAAGGACAAGUUAUUGGACUACUGGGCAAAAAUGGUGCUGGGAAAACAACGGCGCUGAAAAUUCUUUCAACAGCCCAUGACGCGACUGACGGAGUCGCGUUGGUCGCUGGUUAUAACGUCAAUGCAGAGCAACGCCGAGUUUUCGAACAUUUAGGGAACUGCCCACAGUUUGAUGUUGUGUGGGAUCGUUACACAGUCGAGCACCAUCUGGUAUUCUUCGCGCGACUCAAGGGAUUGCCACGGAAGGAAGUGAGAGACAUCGCCAUGAGGGUUGCAAAUGCAGUCGGAUUAGGUGCUCCGGAAGUUUUUCAUCGCCAUGUUGGACAACUGAGCGGAGGCAUGCGUCGACGUCUGUCGAUUGCCAUUUCGCUCGUGGGUGCUCCCGAUGUAUUGCUUCUAGAUGAACCGUCUACUGGUCUCGAUCCGUCGACGCGCAAUUCCAUAUGGGGGCUUAUACAUUCGUUUGCGACCCCCGAGCGCUCUAUAAUUAUUACAACACAUAUGAUGAUCGAGGCCGAUACGUUAUGCAAUCGGAUCGCGAUAAUGAAGAAAGGGAAAUUGGCGGUUGUUGGCACACAGCAAACUUUGAAA